ACCGUGAGAGGCAGCACAGGCUUCAUCAAGCAUCUUCUUUGCUUGCUGGUCAGCCCACCGUGUUUGUUGUUGAGACAUCAAGUCCCUCUCCUCUUAGAUAUGGAAAGUGUACCGGAGCUGAAACCUGGUUGCAAGGGAUUCUGUGUUCUGUUCAGAGUGCCCAAUGCGGCGACUGAUAAGGUAGACAAAUUCUUUGAUGGUCACCAGGCUUUCAUGCGAAAAACUCACCCAACCUCUGGCACUGAAGAGCCAGUUGUGAUCUCGUACCAUGUGAUGCGAUCACCUGAGUUGGUGAACAAUUUGGAUCCGAGCCAGGGGACUACGGGAUUCACCAUGUACUCGAUGGUGGAAGCUUAUCGUAGUAUGGAAGGGUGUGCCAAGCACAUGGAGCUCGGACAGAAGACCGGAGACUUGUUCAAGGAGCUCGUCGAGAUGAUCAGUGCGUAUUGCAAGGUUGCGCUGAUGUUCGGAGGCGUUAUCGGAACUAUGGAGGUUGCCAUUCAGAACAUUAACAGUUCGAUCACCAAGGGCACAAUGGGCUUUCAUGGCUACUUCCGGGCGACGAACGAUGAGGAGGAGACCUUCCUGGACAAGUUCAUAGUCGAGCACACGAACUUCAUGAACGAGACCCAUCACAUCACUGGUGAUACAGAACCUCGUCUCCUUUACUUCGCAUGGAGCAAGACAGAGGAGCUGGUGAAUCCUGUCAAUCCGGAGGAGGGCAAGACCGGGAGCAAGGUCUACUCCCUGGUCGAGAUAUAUCGCGGUGAUGCGGGUUGCGCAGCUCACAUGGAGGCUGGGCAGAACUCUGCGAUCUGGAGCGAUUUUGUCAAGGCACUGUCGUACAGCCCUGGAGGCAUAUUCGGUGGGACUGUUGUCUGGACCAUCUGA